AAGGUGUUUGUGGGCCCAGAGUGGGAGAAGUGUCCAGGCAAAGAGGCUCAGCUUCUUCUGCCACCAUCUUCUGGCCAGAGACUGCAUGCCUGGCUUCUCCCAGCAGCCAGGCCAUUUAGCAGUCUUGUUUACCUAGGGGCUUGUGAAAAAGAGAAAGAGCCAAAAAAGAAAAAAAAAAAUACGAAUGCAUAUCCAACAUUGCUCCAGGCGUGAAGCCUGAGGGAACAAGCAUUUUCUCCUCCCGUGUGUGCACGUGUGCACGUGUGAAAUGCUGCACCCACACCCACACCCAGGCCCCGCCAACACAGCAGGCUCUGGGACCUUGCAGGGCUGUCAGAAGGGGAGCACCGUGACCCUAGCAAAAGUUGGCACGGUGGGACCGUGCUCGGCAGAAUGGUGGGCUCAUGGUCCUGCUUCGUGGCCUGCGCUGGGGAUGGGAGGGUCUCAGGCAGGCUGGAGUCUGGAGCGGUGCAGCUCCUGGCUGGGAGGUUGGAGGCUGGGAGUCCCGGGGAUUUGGCGGCCGCCCCUGCACAGUGAUCCUCUGUGCCUCACACAUUCUUAUUAGCAUCGUAAUCGCUCCAAAAUACUGAUUCAUUAUCGCACUCCAAGCUGCAGACUGAAGCAAUGGGGUUUAAUGGUUCCAUAUGAGCCACUCUGGGUUGUUGAGUAAAUAUUGCUCAUUCUGAAAAAUUGGGUAAAUGUGUGUUUACGCUGUCGACAAGCGAGGCACCAGCCAAGUAGGUAGUUGAUGUCUGGGUCCGUGCCAGGAGAGGUGCUGGGGGACGGGCGGACGCGCGCUAAGCAGUGUCCAGUCCAUGCAUGGAUGGCCCCGAAAGACCCUUGGGCACGUGGAGGUUGGGAUUAGGGAAGUGACAUCACCCCAGAGCUGGAGUCGAACGAGCGUCAUGUGUCUUGUGCACAUGGUGGUGGCUGGGGUGGCCCUUCCCACUGUAUGUAGACCAGUGACUGGACUCUGGGCUUCAGGUGGCAGUGUGGCAGUGGUAAGUGUGCAUGGGAGAGGGCCUCUCUUCUGCCACUUACCAACUGUGUGAUCCUGGCUAAGUCAUUUGGGCUUCUGCCACAUCAGUUUUCUCCUCUGUAAAAUGGGCAUGACACAAGCACUUCCUUGUGGGGUUUUAUGGCAUUGAGGAGGUAUCUGGCAUCCUGCACAGGAAAUGUUAGUUAGGACUGUGGUUCUAGCCAAGGGUGCAGACAGGCUUGCAUUGGGAAUGCCUGUCUCAGGAGCUGCUUGACUUUGGCGACCGGAUGGGAGCUGAGUUGUCCUCAGAACCGUCACGGGCAUACAGCAGUUUUCAGAGAGCUGCCAGGGGUGGGAUCCCUCAAGAUAGCCAUGCACCCUGAGUUAGGGCUCUUGAUUUCAGCCAUAAUUGCCUUGCUCUGGAAGUGGAGGUGAGGCAUAGGAUUUGGAACUUUCUAGAACAGGUUUCCAGCCCAAUGCCUGGGUCUGCUCCCGGCUGUGCCUCGUGUUUGCUGUGUACCUCUGGGCAAGUAAAGCCGCCUCUGAGCCCCAGUCGGGUCCUUCUCGUGGACAGGGUUUGGAUGGCCCUGGGCACUGGGCACACCGCCUGGCACUCAGCGGGCAUGCAGUGUCGUCACCCACAUCAUUGCCCUUGAUUGGAGACCUACGAGUUGCGGAGCGGAGGCUGCCUCCCUGUUGCAGGUGUAGUCUGUGGUCAGUAAUUCUGUUACCAGAAGUUCCUGGGCCUGAUCCUGCUGCUGCUGUGUCUGUUGAUGCUUGCACUUGGUAGACCAGCUCCCCUUACUUUUUUUUUUUUUUUUUUACUUUUUGAGAGAAAUCUAGGUAGGAUCAUACCCUGUGUAUUCUGUAUGACCUGGAUGGAUCCUGGUGCGGAAGUCAGCCAGGUGGUAAACAUUUUUGGCUGUGUAGGCUACAGGCUCUACCACAGUAUUGCGCAAAGCAGCCAUAAAUGUACACAAGCCAAUGGGUGAGGCUAGACUUGUCCCACGGCGGGAGGGACUUGUCCUGAAGGUCAUGGUUUGCUUACCCCUGUGCUAGAGAAAUUUUGUAUUUGCUCUUUGCUUCAUUUUUUUCCCCAGCUCUUCUCAUCCCCAGCUGAGAAUGAUUUUUUCUCAUGUUAGUUUCUAGUCUGACAGUAGUGGUUCUCAAAGUGUGGUCCCUGGACCAGCAGUUCAGCUCCCUGUGGACAUUCAUCAGGUGUGUACCAGGUCAGGAAUCCUGGGGCUGGGGUGCCGCGGUCUCUCGCUUAACAACCGCUGGAGUGAUUCUGGUGCACACUCGGGUCCAGGAGCUCCCAGAAGGAGCUUAAUUCCGUCGCUUCUGAGCUGUCUGCACGGCAGGAGGAGAGUGAACAUUCUCAUAAACAUUUAAUUGAACUCCGCCGGGAAUUUAAGAAAAAUGUACCUGAGGAAAUCAGAGAGAUGGUGGCUCCUGUAUUAAAAAGCUUCCAGGCUGAGACCCCGUGCCUGUGUUUGAGGCGCCGCGCGGCCCAGACGACAGACUGCAGCCCCCCAGCUUCGACCCCAGUGGGCAGCCCCGGCGAGACCUCCACGCAUCGUGGAAGAGGCACCCGGAGCUCCUGGGACCCAAAGAGCAGAGAGAGGGGACGUCUCCUGCCGGACCCACGCUGACCGAGGGGAGCCGCCUCCCGGGCAUUCCCGGCAAAGCCCUCCUGACAGAGACCUUGCUGCAGAGAAAUGAGGCGGAGAAACAAAAGGGCCUUCAAGAAGUACAGAUCACUCUGGCAGCCAGGCUGGGGGAGGCGGAGGAGAAAAUCCGCGUCCUGCACGCAGCGUUAAAGGCCACCCAGACAGAGCUCCUUGAGCUGCGGCGGAAGUACGACGAGGAGGCAGCGUCCAAGGCAGAUGAAGUCGGCCUGAUCAUGACCAACCUGGAGAAGGCAAAUCAGCGAGCCGAGGCCGCCCAGCGCGAGGUGGAGAGUCUCCGGGAACAGCUGGCCUCGGUCAACAGCUCCAUCCGCCUGGCCUGCUGCUCCCCCCAGGGCCCUGGUGGGGAUAAGGUGAACUUCACGCUGUGCUCGGGCCCUCGGCUGGAGGCCGCGCUGGCCUCCAAAGACAGGGAGAUCGUGCGGCUGCUCAAGGACGUGCAGCACCUGCAGAGCUCGCUGCAGGAGCUGGAGGAGGCCUCUGCCAACCAGAUCGCCGACCUGGAGCGGCAGCUCACGGCCAAGUCCGAGGCCAUUGAGAAGCUGGAAGAGAAGCUCCAGGCACAGUCUGACUAUGAAGAAAUUAAGACAGAACUGAGCAUCCUGAAAGCCAUGAAGCUGGCCUCCAGCACCUGCAGUCUCCCCCAGGGCCUGGCCAAGCCUGACGACUCGCUGCUCAUAGCAAAGGAGGCCUUCUUCCCUGCGCAGAAAUUCCUCCUGGAAAAGCCCAGUCUCUUGGCCAGCCCUGAGGAGGAGCCUUCGGAGGACGACUCCAUCAAGGACCCGCUGGGCACAGAGCCGGCCUUCGCCUCCCCCCAGCAGCUCCCGCCUCCACCGGGCCCUGAAGACCCCCUGUCCCCCGGCCCUGGGCAGCCCCUGCUAGGCCCCGGCCUGGGGCCCGACGGCCCUCGGACUUUCUCCACAUCCCCCUUCCCUGGCUUGGCCUCGGGGGAGAGACUGGCCGGGGACCCGCUGCUGUCCAAGCACAUGAUGCCCCCGGCCGCCUUCAAGGGGGAGGCAGGCGGCCUGCUGGUGUUCCCGCCAGCCUUCUACGGCGCCAAGCCCCCCACGGCCCCCGCCACCCCAGCCCCUGAGCCGCCUGGGGGCCCGGAGCCGGCGGACGGGGGCGGCUCGGCGGGGGCGGAGGAGGAGCAGCUGGACACGGCCGAGAUCGCCUUCCAGGUGAAGGAGCAGCUGCUGAAGCACAACAUCGGGCAGCGCGUGUUCGGCCACUACGUGCUGGGGCUGUCGCAGGGCUCGGUCAGCGAGAUCCUGGCCCGGCCCAAGCCCUGGCGCAAGCUCACGGUGAAGGGCAAGGAGCCCUUCCUCAAGAUGAAGCAGUUCCUGUCUGACGAGCAGAACGUGCUGGCCCUGAGGACCAUCCAGGUGCGGCAGCGAGGCAGCAUCACCCCACGCAUCCGCACGCCUGAGACGGGCUCGGACGACGCCAUCAAGAGCAUCUUGGAGCAGGCCAAGAAGGAGAUCGAGUCACAGAAGGGGGGUGAGCCCAAGAACCCGGCAGCCCCGCCCAGCGUCCCCAACGGCACGGCCGCCACCAGCACCUCGGAAGACGCCAUCAAGAGCAUCCUGGAGCAGGCGCGCCGCGAGAUGCAGGCCCAGCAGCAGGCCCUGCUGGAGAUGGAGGCGGCCCCCCGGGCCCGCCCCGGGCCUCCCUCGCCCCCAGAGCGGCCCUCGCUGGGCGCCGUGAGCCAGAACGGGGCCCCCGCCUAUGUGAAGCAGGAGGACAGCGGCGGCGGGGGCCCCAGCGGCAGCGCGGGGCCAGCGCUCCCGGUGCUGUCCCCGGCCGCCUUCGUGCAGAGUAUCAUCCGCAAGGUCAAGUCCGAGAUCGGCGACGCCGGCUACUUUGACCAGCACUGGGCCUCGGACCGCGGCCUGCUCAGCCGCCCCUACGCCUCCGUCUCGCCCUCGCUCUCCUCGUCCUCCUCCAGCUACUCCAGCCAGCCCAACGGGCGGGCCUGGCCCCGUGGCGACGAGGGGACCGCGUCCCCUGAGGACGAGGCUGCGGCGGGCGAGGACGAGCCCCCCAGGGUGGGCGAGCUCAAGGCUGAGGGGGCCGUGGCCGAGGCGGGCGGCGGGCGGCUGGCCUACUACCCGGCCUACGUGCCGCGCACCCUCAAGCCCACAGUGCCGCCCUUGACCCCUGAGCAGUACGAGCUGUACAUGUACCGCGAGGUGGACACGCUGGAGCUGACGCGCCAGGUCAAGGAGAAGCUGGCCAAGAACGGCAUCUGCCAGCGGAUCUUCGGGGAGAAGGUGCUGGGCCUGUCGCAGGGCAGCGUGAGUGACAUGCUGUCGCGGCCCAAGCCGUGGAGCAAGCUGACGCAGAAGGGGCGUGAGCCCUUCAUCCGCAUGCAGCUGUGGCUCUCGGACCAGCUGGGCCAGGCCGUGGGCCAGCAGCCCGGCGCCUCCCAGGCCAGCCCCACGGAGCCACGGUCCUCCCCGUCGCCACCUCCUAGUCCUGCUGAGCCUGAGAAGAGCUCCCAGGAGCCCUUGAGCCUGUCGCUGGAGAGCAGCAAGGAGAACCAGCAGCCGGAGGGCCGCGCCGGCUCCUCCACCGGCGGGAAGAUGUACUCGGGCAGCCAGGCCACAGGCGGCAUCCAGGAGAUGGUGGCCAUGUCCCCCGAGCUGGACACCUACUCCAUCACCAAGAGAGUCAAGGAGGUCCUCACAGACAACAACCUAGGGCAGCGGCUGUUUGGGGAGAGCAUCCUAGGCCUGACACAGGGCUCCGUGUCUGACCUGCUGUCGCGGCCCAAACCCUGGCACAAGCUGAGCCUGAAGGGGCGGGAGCCCUUUGUGCGUAUGCAGCUGUGGCUCAGUGACCCCCACAACGUGGAGAAGCUGAGGGACAUGAAGAAGCUGGAGAAGAAAGCCUACCUGAAGCGCCGCUACGGCCUGGUCAGCACGGGCUCGGACAGCGAGUCGCCCGCCGCGCGCUCCGAGUGCCCCAGCCCCUGCCUGCAGCCCCAGGACGUGAGCCUGCUGCAGAUGAAGAAGCCGCGCGUGGUGCUGGCGCCCGAGGAGAAGGAGGCGCUGCGCAGGGCCUACCAGCUGGAGCCCUACCCCUCGCAGCAGACCAUCGAGCUGCUCUCCUUCCAGCUCAACCUCAAGACCAACACCGUCAUCAACUGGUUCCACAACUACAGGUCCCGGAUGCGCCGGGAGAUGUUGGUGGAGGGGACCCAAGACGAGCCAGACCUCGACCCAAGCGGGGGUCCCGGCAUCCUCCCGCCAGGCCACUCCCACCCAGACCCCACCCCACAGAGCCCCGACUCCGAGGCCGAGGACCAGAAGCCGACCGUGAAGGAGCUGGAGCUUCCAGAGGGCUCCGAGGAGAGCGUCACAGCCCUGGGCAGCCAGGACAAGGCGCACGUGGUGAUCAAGCAGGAACAAGUGGAGGAGGAUGCGGAGAGAGGGACGGGCCACCCACCCCUGAACGCAGGGGAGCCGGACCACGACCAGCGUGCCCCCCGAGAGGAGCCUUCCGGUUCCCCGGGGAAUGACGGACUCCCAGGAGUGGCCUCAGGGCCCCUCCUUCCAGGUGCCACCAUUCCAGACUGCCCCUCACAACACCCGCCGCAGGAGGCCGAGGCUGGAGAGCGGCCGCACUCAGACCCUCUGAGCUUUAAGUCAGCCUCAGAGUCCUCACGCUGCAGCCUGGAGGUGUCGCUGAACUCGCCCUCAGCUGCCUCCUCACCAGGCCUUAUGAUGUCUGUGUCGCCUGUCCCCUCCUCCUCAGCCCCCAUCUCCCCAUCCCCACCUGGCGCCCCCCCUGCCAAAGUGCCGAGUGCCAGCCCCACUGCCGACACAACUGGAGCCUUGCACCCCAGCGCCAAGGUGAACCCCAAUCUGCAGCGGCGGCACGAGAAGAUGGCCAACCUGAACAGCAUCAUCUACCGGCUGGAGAGGGCCGCCAAUCGGGAGGAGGCCCUGGAGUGGGAGUUCUGAAGGCAGGGCAGGGGGCGGGACACCCUGGGGACCAGCUUCCUUCUCUCCCUCCCACCCCCGCUCAGGGCAGGGUGGGGAGGGACGGACUCAGCCAUCCAAGUGUGGACAGUGAUGUUAGGCCGUUUACGUUUUUUGUUGUAUCCCGGUUCCAUGAAGUUGGCAGUGAGCCAGCGGGGCAAAUGCCAUUGCCGUCUCUUCUCAGCACCAUCGGCCCAGGAGGCACCGGGGGUCUCGCCCCUCUUCUCCCCCUCACCCCUCCGAGGAGGCAGAAGCAAAAUGGCACCACGUUUUCACCUGAAAACUCCAAACUCUUUUAGAAAAAUAAAUAAAUAUUUAUAGACCUCUUUUAGAUAUUUUAAUAAAGGAUCCUUUGGAAUUUAUUCCCAGCCGAUGCUGUUUUGAUAUUACAGAGAGUUAUAAAAUCAGGAUGCUGUCACAACUGUUGCGAAGUCUACACUGAAGUUGUGUCGCUUUUGCCACAAGAUGAGAUUAAAAGAAGACAAUUGCUCAAAGCCAUCACAAGACACUAAGAGACUGACCAGCGUCUUGCCAGCCUUGGCACUGCGAGUCCCCCCCACACCUGUCUGUGAGACACAGCGCAGUGCUGCUGCCCUGCCAGAACCCGUGCUGAGAAAGCAAAGUCCGAAAGACUCUAAACGAACGCCGCCGUGCCAUCGGGGAUGUGUCCCUGCAGCCCUGGUGACACAGAGCGUCCCGUGCUGACGCAGACACUGUAGACGCCCGUCCGAGACACGGUGCGGCACGAGAACUGCUUACACUCCCGGGGGAGAGCCCGCGGGCCACGGACGUCUGAAGACGAGAAGUGUUUCCAGAUCUUUCAGAAAGCCGGGCACGGGGCCAGGCGCUCGGAGGGUGGCGCCAGAGCCACAGUGACACCGUGCCCCAGCCUGGGAAGCGUCCCCGCGGUCUGACGUGGGCACUCCCGAGCAAGACCGUGGCCACCCCUCGCCUGCUCCGUGCUUUUGGAAAGUGACGGUGUUGGUCACUGCACGAGCACUGAGACCUAGCAACCAGCACCGAAACGUCGACCCUUCGAAGUCGAGAGCCCGCGUGCCCCUCCCCCGCCUCCCCUCCCCCGCCUCCCCUCCUCAGCGGCCCCUGGGCCGGGCCAGAUAGCAGCAGCACCCUCCGUCCCGGGCUCUGAGCCACCCCUGCCUUCUACUGCAUGACCUGCCGGGCAGCCGGGACCGGACCCCCUCCCAGCAGAGGAGCCCCUCCCCAGCGGCCCGGUCUCCGGUUCGGAUGGAGCGGCCGCCCCAUUGGCUGCUGAGUCUCUCACUCUCUUGCUUUUGUUUGUUUUCCUUUCUCAAACUCUGUGGGAAGACUGACUUGGGCGACUCCCAAGAAUAACCAUGGAGAGGUGACCGCGGCCGGUGCCAGUGCAGUGCCGGGGGGCUGGGGGGAGCCGACGGAGGCGAGGUGGCCAGAGGGGGACAGGUGAGGACCGUUGCAGAAAUCCCAGCUCUCACGCACCCAGCCCAGGCCGCAGUCUCCAGCCGGCAAGAACCCUGCGGGAGAACCUCCUCCCUUCACCCAGGCUAUGCAUUGAAGAGUUUUCCACUGUCUACAUUUUUAUCCAGAUGAAGGUAUUUUUAUAUUUUGACAAUAGAAAACAGUGGCCAAUUCUCGGAGUAGUCAAAUCUGGAACAAGUGAGACACCGCCGCCCUGUUAACAAUCAGGACACGCGUGGGGGACCAGCACUUGUUAUUCCCAACACCAACACGACGUCGCGAUCCAGGCCGCCACGCUGACUCGGGUUCCGCGAGCCCUGCGUCUGGCCUCAGUGGGACGGGAUUUGCCGCAGCACUCGGCCCGGGCUCCGGAACACGCAGAUCCUGUUGUGCCUGAAGCUCACGGACCCCCGAACAGCCUGGUCAGGUUCUCGUCCCGAAACGGUCAGAGAGCAAAAACCCACACCAAACCAUUUCUAUGAGAGAUUGAUGAACUUUGUUUAAAAUUUAAAAAAAAAAGGAACGCGUUCUGUCAACGAGUCGCUAAAUACAGAAUUGUAUACUA